AUGGUGUCCUGCAUCUUGAUCCUCCUGCUUGGCUGGCCGGUCGCCGCUGGUGCCGGUGCCGGUGCCGGUGCCGGUGCCGGCUGUCCCGCGCCCGCGCCCGCGCCCGCUCCCACCAAGAGACACACCCGGCUCUCAAACACGGCGGCGCGGGCCGCUGCGACAACCAACGGGUACCCCUGCGACUACAAGUACUGCGACGGGCGGGGCUCCAUGUGGUGCUACUACUGGGACGGGGUGACUGCAUACGACGUGUCCAAGGGUCCGAUUCCGGCCGAGACGAGGGUCCCGGUUGGGCUGUGUUGA